UUUCGUAUCUGGUGUAGUUCACCACGGAGAUAUUUUGGUGGAGCGCACAAGCCGCAACGCAUAGCUCUUGUUCAAACGUGAAACGCCUGUAGGAACUGUAAAUGUCACCGUUUACAAUAACUAUAAAUUUUGCCUGCAGUUGUCAUAUAGAUUUGUUGUGUUUUAUAAAAUCCUGAGGUGCGUAUGGAUUUUGACAGGUUAAAAGCUAAGGCUAAAUCGACUUAGCUUGUGGCACUCAGGAGCCUUGUUAACCAAUUUCAUUGACAGUUACUGGAUUUGGAAACUUUACUAGGUUGAUGAAAAUGGAACGCUAGUUGCUACUCUUACUGACCGUUAGCUACCGAAGUAAACGGAGAGUUUACGUAGAACUGGGGAAUUCAUUCUUAGCAUAGUACGCAAGUUUAGUAUGAAAUGUUAGCAGUCGUAGCUUAACUGUAACGUUAAUUACAUAACAAAAUGUUCAAAGUGUAUUCAUCAUGGCUAUUUAUCAUAACCCACUGACUUUGUUCUGAGCAGUUUCUACUGUGUGGCGAUAGUAGGUGGUCAUACCUUGGGUGAGGCAGUUUUGUGUAAAACGUCUCUUUUCAAAAUGGAGCCAGUAAAUUCUAAUACUGAGGUGCGUCUAACGGUGGCCCAGUGUUUCCGAACACUCACUACAUGCACAGAUAGCAAAGACGUUAUUCCUGCUCUUCAAACACUCCACUCUUACUUGGAUGAAGGACCAGAGAGUACAACCACCUCAGUUCAGCGGGCAGAGUUCAGGAGAGCUCAUUACACUCGAACACUUCAGUUCCUUGUGAGCAACAUCCAGGCUGACUGGUUGCACAGUCUCACAGCAGCCCAGCGCACAGAGUUAUGGGACGGCCUGUUCCUCCGAGGCCCACCAGAACAGGCGCUGCUGGUGCUGAUGGAGGGAAUAGGAAGGCUGAGGCCCAGCACAAAUCUGGACCACUUGGUCAGCGUCACUGAGAGGUACCUUCAGUGUGGACGACUUGCUGACCUGCUGUGGUCGUACUGUCUGAUGGCAGCUCCCUGUGACUCCCCCCAGCUCAGAGAGACACUGCUAGGGCGUAUAGUGGUGCUGCCAGACCUCACGGCCAACAGGUUACAUCUCAACAACAAGCCACUUUUUCUUCCUCAACAGUACUACCCAUUACUGGCCAGAGAGAUGCUCACUGUCCUGGAGCGGACCUGCCAGGCCCUCAAAGAUGGCACAGACUGUUCUGUGACUUUUGUGGCCCAGACACUAGGAAAAGUGUGUGUCCACGGGCACAGCGAUUUGGUCCUGGCAGUGAUUGCUCCUCGGCUGUCUGCCUGUACACGCUCAGACAUGGUGUGGCGGAGGGUUUGCUGGAAGCUGCUGGAGAACGUUCCACAGCGAUGGAUGGAAAGCGUGCUCACCGGCCUGGUGCAGGCAGUCACUGGGUUUGAUGCCUUGGGACAGAUCAUUGGGAAUCUAGUGUUAACAAAUAAACAGGCACAGUUUGUCAUCACACAUAAACUGCUGUUACUACAGUACAAGUAUGAGACUCGAAUCUUGCGGAUUGUUCUUGGUUACCUGGCAGCAGACAGAGAGCGAAGGCCACUGCUCAUACAGGUGUUACGGUCUGUGCUCCAGGCCUGGGCUAACCCGAGUGCAGUGAAACACACACCUCUAGAGCAGCAGUUGUAUGUUAGCAAGGCCUUACUGCUUAGUGUGAACCUGCUGAAUGACUCUGAGCUACAGGAGCUACGCUCAGAGUUACUUCAGUGUAUGUUAGGUGGCAUGCAGAGCCACCUGGACAGCAGUGUGGUGCGUAUCAGACAUAUGGGCAUGGUGGUGGGAGAGUGCCUGAGCUCUCGCAUGAAUAUUGGUGAAACCAAGCUCAAGUUUGAGUAUGAUCAGAAUGAGGAAACUCAAGAGCUGCUUUCUCUCAUGACUCCUGCCACUGGUGAUGAGCCUGAGCCUGUAAAUGGACUUGACUCUCCUCAAGAGACCAGAGAAGUGACUCCAUCCGCUGUAUCAUCACAAAAUAUGCCAGGACCUCAGCCAUCAAAAACUGAUCCAGACUCUGAUCUGGAUAGUGAUGAUGAGCUGACUCCGUACGAUAUGUCUGGAGAUCAGGAAAUGAGUAAGGCAUCCCCACCUCGCUACCUACGAGACUGUCUGGAAAAUUUAAUUUCCUCUGACGACCCAGUGCGUGUGGAGCUCAGUUUGAGAGCUGCUGAGAGUUUGGUGAGGAAGAACGCAUUUGUAGCCAAAGAGAUCAGUGUCCAGCUGACCAAAGUGCUUCUUCACAUGGAGGAUAAAUACCAUAUAAAUGGCUUCCUGACUCUCAGACACGCGACUAUGGUGGCUCUCACUGUCAUCCACUGUAUCCCUGUCACUCAAUAUUUGACCACUGAGUUUUACUCCUUGAACUACAGUCUUCGCCAGCGACUCGACAUCUUGGAGGUCCUUGCCCUGGCAGCUCAGGAGCUUUCUAAGCCAAUCACUGAAAAGAGAGAGCCAGUCACUAGCACUGAUGGCAGUACUGCUGUGACUCCAUACCCCAUUGACAGCCCUGUCCACUGGCGACAGGUAGUAGAAAAGCGAAUCCAGAGCAAGACGAAACGCCUCAGUAAGUGUACCACACAGCCUCCAGCUACAGCCACUCCUAAUCGUUAUGCCCCCGUUGCUGGACACUUCUUUUUUCCACUGCUCAGGAAUUAUGACAGGCCUCAGGUGACCUUUGACCUGUUGGGCAGCGAUCACCUGGUACUAGGCAGGUUGAUCCACACCUUGGGCCUCCUCAUGAACCUGGCAGUCAACGCACCGAUAGCUACACAGAUGGGACGUGCUUUGCUGGACUUUGUGUGGGCAGUCCGCUACCAUGUUGACCAGGUGGUAAGACGAGGCGUCCUCUUCGCUGUCUGCUCUGUGUUUCUGAGCAUGCCCGGUCAAAAUCUGCUGCUGGACCUCAGUGAUCAUCUGUUUGAGACCAGAGCUUGGCUGGAAGAUGUGGCUGAAGGAGAUCCAGAUGCAGAUUGCCGGAGUCUGGCCAUACAGAGUCUGGUGCUGCUGGAUAAGAGCCUGAAAAAACAGCUACAAGAGCCACAAGCACUCAGUCUAAAGUCAUGACUGCAGCAUCAAGAAUAAACAAUAAACUACUGUAAAUAUC